AGACAGCGGCGCGUGACAUAACCCUUUCCAGACCUACCAUAUUCGGACUCGCAUCUUUCUUUCACUAGAAAGUGUUUCAUCUUCCACCGCGUCCUGCAUGGGCAUCCUCGGAGAACCUUGAGAAGGAGCUGUGAAACAGUACAAAGUGCGAGAGCUCAGCUGCAUCGAAAAUCCUCAAUCCGCGCCAAACAUGUCGACAGGACCGCAGUUCAUCGCCAUCAAGCGCAAAAGGGGCGAGGAGGCACCCGCGGCAUUGCUCGUCGAGAGAGCAGGAAAGAGAAGGGUGACAGAGCCUGGGUUUCACUAUGUGCUAAAGGAGAGCGGCGAGAGUGAUGGUACUGUAGUGGAGUCGAAAGAAGCGAAGGAGCAGGAUUCAUCGAAGACUCUGAGUCUUUUCAACGCAGACGAUGUUCAAAAGCGUGUCGGAGAGAGCAAUGGCCAUCAGCGAGGCAAGCUGUCGCGCAAUAUAUCGGGCAAUGGCAUCAGCCAGGGCACAAUCACGAAGGAGAGGCGCACCUUUCAUCUCAAGCGCGUUGGCACACCAGAACCUAAGAUUGGAAAGCGGAAGGGCAAGGCAAGUAGAGAACGGGGCAUUGCUACAUUCUCGGAGAAGCGCGCGAAGAGGGACAUGAAUCGAAGCGACUCGAAGGCGGUCGCCGAAUUUGCUGGACGACAACGCUCAGCAAGUGUAUUGUCUACGCAGGGAGUCUCUGCAGAACCUGUCGAUCGCCCACUCAAGCGACCUGGCAAAGGCGCUGCUAUCAAGACAAAUGGGAACGCAGCGUCUUCUUCCGCCAAUACAAAUGGCAAGACAGAUGCAGAGAUGCAAUCCAUGGCGGACACGCUGCAUCAAUUCGCCGUGCAUGAAGCCAGCAGAGAGAAUGGCGGUAUCACUAAUCGUGUACCGGCUAAACCCAAGAUCACAGCAAUGCCCAAAUUGUCUGCACAACGUAGUCGCGCGAUCCACCAGCAGCGAGUCGCUCAGUCGUCGGCGCCCCUCUCGAGGUCCCCACAAACCGAUGACGCGAGCAUGGACGAGGAGGGCGAUUAUGUCUAUGACACCUAUGUUCUAGCCACAACUUCGGGUGCUGCACAAAUAGACGCACAAGACGUCGGCAAUGUAGGCUAUCUCAUUAUCACCGAGGAAGAUCAGGCUCAGUGGGAAACCUACAUGGACGACGACCUAAGCGAGGAGGAGCCCAGUGACGAAGACGACGAAAAUGCUGAAGACUGGUAUGGCGCCGACUAUCCAGACGACGAAGUCGCUUCGGACGACGAAUUCGAUCGCAACGCGUACGGCUAUCGCGCGGGUGGUUCUGACGACGAAGAAUAUGAUGAGCACACUUUUAGCGAGGACGAGUAUGAGCGCCAGAUGAAUCCUUGGUUGAAGAAGACUCCACAGCAAUUCGCAAAGUACUUCAAGGAAGAAGACGGCCACGAGGCCGGCGACGAUUGAUGAGAGACGAAGCGAGCUGCGAGAUCGGUCUCCACUGUUCUUUCUGCUAUCGACGCGAGUACAGACUACAGACACCCUAGUACAUCUGCACGAGCUAAACCGGAACCAGACACAUAUCAAGAGCCGACCCAAAACUGCCCCCAGUUGCCAUAUUUGUCACCUCUUCACAGGUUGUCGUUGAAGACCGGCAGAUAGAAUUUCUUCGGACCUUCCGCCGAACGGAAUCCCUUACCCAAUGCGUGAGUUUUGUAUUGGGAUAAUCAUGACGACUAAGUCUCGUCACUUUUUGUUCGGUGAAUGAGUCGCGAAUCCUCGGUACUCUCCUCCGUAGCCUCGCGCGAGCGGGAGCCCAACGCACUUCAGGCCGUUUACCAAUGAUCUUUGGAUCUCUGUCUGCAGCGCGAUCCCACCUGUGCCACCGUUCCCACGGAACAGCGGAGAUUUGGUGCUGGUGGAGGUGGACUGGUGGUUUGUUGUUGGGGAUGCCUCGGUGCUAUGCAUUAUACUGUUUUUUUGUUCCAUACAAUCGUGGCUGUCAUCAAAAAGGGGGGUAUAUGCUAUUGCGACUUU